AUGUUCAGCAGGGCUAUUAAAACCAAAUUCAAUGAGCGCAAGUACAUGAUGCAGAGUAUUGUUAGGAACAGGCGCAUCGAAGACGAGGAUCUUCAGCCAGCUGCAAAGAGAUUCGGGCUAAUAAUGGGACUUUGCCUCACAUUCAGUUUGAUUAAACUCAAGAGAAAGGAUCCUAGCCACAAGACCAACUAUACCAGAUGGAGCAAAGGUCUGUAUACACUUCCUAACUUGCCUUGGUAUAAGAAAUUGGAAGAAGGCUCUGUGCCAAUGAAGAAACAACCAACUGCUCUUUAUCCAGACGUAUAA